UUAUGUUCGUGAUGUUUGCACUUGCUAUUUUCCGAUAAAACUGCGCUCUCGAGUUUUAAAACAGUAACGAAUUUAACUGUUUAAUGAUGUUAAUUAAAUUUGUAUGAGUCGUAUUAGUGGAAUGACGGUGGAUUUGUUUGAAAGGAGUCAACUAAAUAAUGUGUUAGUCUGAGAAUACUGAAAAGCAGCGGAUCCUUGGUGGAAUAUAAUUUUGGAGAAAAAACAACUUGAUCCGUAGAUUUGCUAUCAAUUAGUUUUCCAUCCUCAUGCAUGUGCAGAAGUAACAAGGAACUUUCGCCUGUCGACAUUGUUGGUUUUUGACGGUUUCCCGCAUCUAUUAUUGGACUUCAAUUUUUUCAUGAUUUCUAUUUGCAAGCUAGCAUCUCAAGUCAGUCGUACCAGUAUAAUUAAGUAAGAGGUCUCUUUCUUCAUUACUCAUGGAGUUUGACAGUAAUAUCACAUCAUCAUCCCAUGCGGGAAACGUAAGCCAUGUACCCGGCGCGUUACCUCUUCCAACCCUGAUCGUGUAUAUUUCAUUUAGCAUACUCGGUAUCCUUGGCAAUGGUCUUGUGCUCUUUGUGAUUGCAAGGGUUGAAUAUCUCCAAGACACAACUAAUCUUCUAAUUGUGAACCAAUCGCUUAUAGAUGGGAUCUCUUCGAUACUUCUACUUGCCAACUUUGUCUUGCCCAAACCGCCCCUUCCUGGCAGGAACCCAUCAUUGGCUACGAUACUUUGCGGGAUCUGGUAUUCCCAGUAUCUGUACUGGGCAACCGACAUAGCUACAAUGGUCAACUUACUUCUCCUGACGUUGGAAAGGUACUUCGCGGUUGUUUAUCCUUUACGAUAUAGAAGACACGUCAAAUACAGACUGGUGAUCGUUUGUUCCUUGAUUCCGUGGAUGCUUGGGCUUCUUCAUAAUAGCUACCUGAUCACUCUGACUAAGAUAAAAGACGGGACGUGUCUUCUCUUCAUGUGGCCGAACAAAGUCAUGCAACGUGCCAUGGGCAUCUACACAUUUAUUUUGUAUUUCAUCGUUACCUUCACCGCUAUGUUCUGGAUGUACUAUCGCAUCAUGAAUACCUUGCGCCAGGCAUCGAAGCCUGCUCUCGGGUCAGUCCACCAGGUCAAAGACUACAGGGAACUUGCAAGGAAAAAUGCAGUAAAGACCAUGCUGUCUUUGAGCCUCUGCUAUGCUACUUGCUGGGCACCAAAUCAAUUCACCUACCUUCUCUACUGCUUAGGAGUAAAUAUCGACCUCGACGGAACGUUUUAUUAUGUAACAGUUUCAUUUGCCUUUAUUAACAUGUGGAUCAAUCCCUUUGUAUAUACAUUUCAAUAUCAUAAAUUUCAGAACGGACUUAAAUCAGUAUUCGGUUGUGCAAGACAAGGCCGUGAGACCGAGGUUCAAUCUGCACAAACCAUAGACACGUCAUUAUCUCAACCUUAAAGAAAUGGAGAAAAAAAUUGUUGAAAGCAUGAAAUUAGUUUCUGACAAAAUGGGAGAAACGUUAUCUCUGCCUUGCUUGCAGUGCGUGACUUUUUGAACGAAAUGUUUAAGUUAGUCACAUAUGUGGAUAAUUAUCUGUGAUUACUCAUGGUAUGCGGCACAAGGAGACCAUACCUGCCUGAUGAAAAAGUAUGGUAGUACCUCAUCAUGAAAUCGUACAUUUCUCGAUUAACAUCUCAAGAUUUCUUGGCUUAUAAAGUUCUUUCCAUUCUUGCCUAAAUGAUAGUAAGACAUUUAUUUUAUUGCUUUGUAGGGAUGUUCCGAGCUGAAAAUAUUUGUAUUUAAAUAAAUAGAGUAAAAUUCACAAAGCAAAAUGCUGAAAAUUUCAUCAAAAUCGGAUAACAAAUAAUUUUUAAAGAUUUGCAUUAUUCCGGUGAAACAGUUCUAGGCAUGUCUUCAUGAAUAUUCAUUAGGUCGGCUGAUGAUGUCAUAUCCUCACUUGUUCUUUUAUAUGUUAUCAUAUGAAAUCAGGUUUAUUCAAUUUUUUUUCUACCAAAAACUAAAACAAUUGGAUUGACAACUGAUUAAGUGCAUUAGUUAUUUAUUGCCACAACUUCUUUCAUCAUAAUGGAGACACAUCAUUUACACAUG